AUGUGUCUCCAACGGGACGAAGACGAUGGUGAUCAUAUAAAUGAUUUGAGACCAAUGGUGCAGCUACCUGUACUGGGUCCGGAGCCGGCACUGAACUCAAGCCCGGGUGGUGCUGCCAAGCCGCCGCUACUCAACUCAUUCGAGCUGGACCGCUGUUUGGAUCGAGAGGAGUCGGGCAGGUGGGGGGAGGCGGCCCGCCGGCGCCGGCGCAGCUCGCCGCCGCGUCGCGCCUCGCCGCCUCGCGACCAUGAGCCACUCUCGCUCGCCAGGGCGUCAGCCCCAACAUCGCCCACCGGUGGGUCAACUCAGUCAAGCCCAGCGCCGGUCUCCCCCGCCGGCAGCGUGGGAGGCACUGCCGGGCCUCGAUCACCGCUACCGCUAGUUGCUCCGGACUUGCUAGCGAUGCAGCUUCUUGAUCAGCACUCACAGUUACAAGCGCUGAUGAAACAACGGCUGUUCCAUCAACAUCAUAUGCAGAAACAGCAUAUGUCUUCGGAAGCAGCGAAAAGGCAGCUGGAGCAAUCGCGGCUGCAAGAUCAGAUAAAUCUGAAUUUGCUAUCGCAGUCUCAUCUUCAACCACCUGAUACAUCACCUAGUUCUCUUCAGCAACAACUCGGAGCUCAACAGCAGCAACUGGUGCAGCAACUUCAAGCUGUACAACGUCAAUAUUUGAUGCACGGACCCCUGUCUGUGCCUCCAAAUGCUCCCCCAGGUCUGAUGUUAUGGGGAAGUGAAAUGGAGGAGCAUCCUCUUUUUGGGCGCGGAGUCUGUAAAUGGCCAGGCUGUGAUGCUCUCGCUGAUGAUUACCAGGCAUUCCUCAAGCAUUUAGAAGCAGCUCAUACGUUAGACGACAGAUCGGCUGCGCAAGCCCGUGUGCAGAUGCAGGUGGUGGCGCAGCUGGAGCUGCAGCUGCGGCGCGAGCGCGACCGCCUCGCCGCCAUGAUGAGGCACCUGCACGCCGCACGGGACACACACCACAAGCUGCCUCAUGGUGGGGCAAGUGAAGGUGCUUCACCUGGACCAGUAAGGCGCCGAGUUUCUGAUAAAUCUGGCGUCGCUAUAGCUGGCGGUCUUCCUUAUAUGCUCGAAAGAGCUGGAUUAGAUGUACAACAAGAGAUUCAGCGUAAUCGCGAGUUCUACAAAACUGCUGACGUGCGUCCUCCAUUUACUUAUGCUUCCCUUAUCCGCCAGGCAAUAAUUGAAUCUCCAGACAAACAAUUAACCCUGAAUGAAAUCUACAACUGGUUCCAGAGCACAUUCUGCUACUUCCGACGGAAUGCAGCAACAUGGAAGAACGCGGUCCGUCACAACCUGUCGCUGCACAAGUGCUUCAUGCGGGUGGAGAACGUGAAGGGCGCCGUGUGGACGGUGGACGAGGUGGAGUUCUACAAGCGCCGGCCGCAGCGCGCCGCGCACGCGCCCCCGCCGAUGCACGCGGGAUUCAUGGGAGCGCAAAGUCCUCCAAUGAUGACAAGCCCUCAUGGCUACAGCGAAGCACUGAAACGAAACCUCCAGGGAAUGAUGGAAGACUGCAACCUGUCUUACAUUUCCGGCGAAGAUCACAUGAUGCAAACGGAGGAAUAUCCAACAUCUCAUGAUGAUUACAGCCGGCCGCCAAUGAUGAACGGCUAUGGAAGUAGCAGUUCCACUCACGAAAUGAAGGCUGAAGAUCUUAGCGCUAACGACGGACAAGAUAUUAAGCCCAAUAUUUACGCUCUGAAAAAUGAAAUGCAGGCUUCUGAUUACUCCAAUAAAGACUAUACAAGUAAUAAGGAAUCAUCAAGCAACCGCUCGAGCCAACCCAGCCCUUAUGAGGACUAUCCACGUCCAGAGGACAGAUACCGAGCAUCGAUGUCUCAUAUCAAAGACGAAGCUGAGAAUCUGUCGCUAAAUGAACAGAGAUCUGACAAAUAA